CAACAGUAGGCAGUUUGUGUUUUGCUACAUACUACGUCGUCGAGCUUACUGCAACGCAAGUCCUCGUAUUGUUGACAGAAUGACGUCUACGGCAACCGUCUCAGCUUGGCUGGCAUCCAAGGAAAUCCGAUUGUUCUGCCACUCAGAAUUCAGACAGUAUCCAUGGUAUCAUCAGUACUCUGGCGAAGAGAAAACUUGGGUGGUGGUCAGCGUUCAAGCGCCUCGGUACCAGGAGGAUGAAGACAGCAAAGUCAGUGAGACGGGUCGGGCACCACUGGAGUUGGUCGCCGUGAUUGAUAGAAGUACCAGCAUGGAGAGGCGCGGUAAAUUUGCCAUGAUGAAGGAAACUAUGCUCUUCGUCAUCCGACAAUUGAAUGAACACGACAAGCUGGGGAUCGUGUUUUACGACCAGCAAGUAUCAUCAACUGGUACACUAAGGAGGAUGGAUGCGAGCGGAAAAGAGGAAGCGACCUCUCUCAUUGAGCUAUUGAAUACAAAAGUAGGCACAAAUCUAUGUGGAGGACUUGUGGAAGGGUUAGCCAUGAUUGAAGAUCUGCAGAAAGAAAAAUACAGUGGAGACGCGAAUGCUGAAAAGAAGAAUGCAUCUGUGUCGUCUAUUCUUCUGAUGACGGAUGGUAAAGCCGAUUUGGGCUUCACCUCACAGCAAGAAAUAAUUGCUUGCUUAACACAACGAGGACGCCAUGGCCUGUAUCCUUCUGGCAACUACCGUGCUCAUAACAACUUCCCAGCUCCAGCACAAGAACCGACAGUACCAUGUCCACCAUCAACACAACGAACAGUAGAACCGAGCCCAUUACAACUGCCAACUCUAGCACAAGCAGCAUUAAAACAACCACUACCAUCCCUACAGGCAGCGUCGGCACCAGCAAUAAAACCUGUAGUAACAUCUACAAUAGCUAAUUCUACUGAACCUAGUGACGUUGUGGCUGCAAGUAUUUACACAUUUGGCUUUGGUGCCGAUCACAAUGCCCAGUUGUUGCAAGCAGUGAGUAAGGCUGGUAAUGGAAUGCACUACUACAUUGACUCAUCGGAGAAGAUUCCAGAGUCCUUUGCCGACUGCUUGGGUGGAUUGCUUAGCACAGUUGUGCGUAAUAUAUCCCUGGAAGUCUCGGCUGAGAACAAUUGUAACAUACUCGAAGCCUAUGCGGGCCAAAGUACCCAAUCAAGUGGUAGUGGUGUUGCCAUUACAUUGCCUCUGGCAGAUAUCCAGUCAGAAGAAUGCCGCGACUGUGUGUUCUGCUUGGAUCAGCCUGAUGUACCCAAUGAGCUUGAUGAGUUUACGAUUCUCAAGGCUAAGCUGACCUGCUUAAAUGUCAUGAAAAGUAUGCUGGAGGUGAAGGAAGCCUCGCUAGAAGUACGCAGAGUCAGGGAACGUAUAGGUGAUCUCCCACCCAACCUGCAAGUUAACUGUCACUAUAACCGCAUCGUAUCAGCUAAGGCACUUGAAAGUGCAUUCGCAUGGGCAGACAAAGGAUAUCUUAGGAGAGCAAGAUACCAGCUAUAUAGAGCGAAAAAAGACAUUAUCAGAAAGAAUCCAUCCGCUAUUUACCCAUUUCCAGGAUAUUGAGAGCUGAUGCAUGUUGCAGCCAGGCAAGGUCAUGAAAUGGAAAGCUGAAAGGGAAAGCCUAUCCGUCUCUUCACGAUGAUGCCAGUCUGAUCAGAUGCUCAGCAUUGGCAGUAGGGCUGAUCAAGAUUCGUAGUUCCACUGCCAAUGACAUUCAUGGUCCCACCUUACUAACCAGGCUGUCUAGCGCUGCGCAUCUUCAUGUAUUACAAUCUCAUUGUCCAUGUUUGUGUAAAUCUUUUGGAGAUUCAUUUCGAGGACGGAUCGUUCACAAAUAAUCUACGAAGUAUAUUGUUCUGCAUUGUUCUGUAUUGCUUUGUGUUUUAUCAUUAAGGAAAAUGGAUUGCCUUUUCCCUCAAAGAAAAAUGACCUUAACCCAGGCACCUGGGAUGUCCCUCGACCAAACCCCUUCAGCUCGCUUUACAAUUCACUUCUUUGUGACGUUAUUCGUUGUUUCCUGUCAUUUCCGAGGCCGAAUGCAAUGAAUGCAUGUUGUGCUUACAUGUACAUGUCCCAUUCCGCGCUGCAGCCCAUAGGCAUAGAGAUAACGUACCGUAGGCUAUAUGUGAACAGUCAUGAACAAAUAAUCGUCGUUUGAAUUCUGAGAUCCACACCAGUACACUGGAGUGGAAUGCACUUGGGA